AUGCCUCAGACGUAUAAAAUAUCCGUGGCUGGUACAAAGGAUGCAAGCUAUGAGCUUAAAGAUCUCGAGUCUCGAGUUCGCGAUGCUAAGACACCUUCGACCAAUGAAUUCUAUGAAGAUGUAGAAUCGCACGAAACAGAAGAAUUGGUUGAGACUAAAUUAUCCUUCUUAAACAGAAUUGCGGCCAGCUUAAGCGCUGAGACGAAGGGUAUUGAACCAAUCACAGAGGAUGAGAAAACUGAUGGCUCUAUACUAAAUGCUGCGUCCAUGUGGUUUUCAGCUAAUAUGGUUUUGCCUGCUUACGCUAUUGGAGCCUUGGGUCCCAUGGUAUUUGGUCUAAAUUUCGGUCAAAGCGUUUUGGUUAUCAUUUUUUUUAAUCUACUAGGUUUGGUGUCCGUUGCAUUUUUUUCCGUUUUUGGUGCCGAAUUGGGUCUAAGACAAAUGAUUCUUUCCAGAUAUUUGGUCGGUAAUGUUGCAGCAAGAAUUUUUUCUCUCAUCAACUUUAUUGCAUGUAUUGGUUGGGGUAUUGUUAACACUGUAGGAAGUUCACAAGUGCUGAAUACGGUUAAUCCAGGCCAUCAAUGUCCUCUUUGGGCCGGUUGCAUUGUCAUUAUCGUUGCCACUGUGAUUGUGACCUUUUUUGGUUAUAAUGUCAUUCACGCUUAUGAAAAAUGGGCAUGGGUACCCAACUUUGCCGUUUUUUUAGUCAUUAUUGCUCGUUUGUCAAGGUCUGGGAAAUUCGUUCUCGGUGAAUGGACAUCUGGACCCACUACUGCUGGUAACGUACUUUCGUUUGGUUCAACUGUUUAUGGAUUUGCGGCUGGCUGGACAACAUAUGCCGCCGAUUAUACCGUCUAUAUGCCAAGGAAAACGAAUAAGUACAAAAUAUUCUUCUCACUUGUGGCUGGCUUGGCAACCCCGUUGUUUUUUACCAUGAUCCUUGGUGCUGCAGUAGCAAUGGCCGCCGUUGGUGAUCCAACCUGGAAAGCAUAUUAUGAUGAAAACUCCAUUGGUGGUUUAACGUUUGCCAUCCUCGUUCCAAAUUCCGCCCAUGGCUUCGGCCAGUUCUGUUGUGUGUUAUUGUCUCUGUCCACUAUCGCCAAUAAUGUUCCCAAUUUUUACACUAUUGCUUUAUCAGUACAAGCUACAUGGGGACCUCUUGCAAAAGUUCCGAGAGUUGUCUGGACUUUGUUAGGUUGCGUGACAGCUUUAGCUAUUGCAAUUCCUGCCUGUUAUUUUUUUUCCACUUUCAUGAAUUACUUUAUGGACUCCAUUGGUUACUACUUGGCUAUAUACAUUGCCAUUGCAUGCUCGGAGCACUUUAUCUACAGACGUUCGUUUAGCGCUUAUAAUGUUGAUGACUGGGAUAAUUGGGACCGUUUACCCAUUGGUAUCGCAGGCACUGCUGCUUUGAUUGUUGGUGCCUUCGGUGUUGCCUUGGGUAUGUGUCAGACUUACUGGGUUGGUGAAAUCGGUCGUUUGAUUGGUGAUUAUGGUGGUGAUAUAGGGUUCGAAUUAGGGUUAAGUUGGUCAUUCAUUGUUUACAACAUUGUUAGACCUCUAGAACUCAAAUACUUCGGUCGUUGA